AUGGAGGAAGUAUCAAGUGGUUCUGAAAGUGUUGGCUUAAAUGAAGGUCAUAAUGAGAUUGAAAUAGAGAAAGCAAAAAGUGUAGAAGAUCCUAAAGUAGGAAUGUUGUUUGAUUCCAUUGAUGACCUUGUUCAAUUCUAUCAAAGGUAUGCGAUGGAAAAAGGCUUUGGCAUGUGUAUAAAAAGCUCUAAAAAAGUAGGAGGUGAGGUGAGAUAUGUGACAGUUGCUUGUACUCAUAGUGGAAAGCCAAAGAUUAAAUCAAGCAAACUCCAUCAAUUGCAUCCACAAUCAAAAACGGAUUGCAAAGCUAAGAUUUGUGCGAAUCUGUUAGGUGAUGGAAAGUGGAUUUUGAGAUCUAUGGUUCUUGACCAUAAUCAUGGGGUGAGUCCAGGAAAAGCUCGAUUUUAUAGAUGCCAUAGGGUUCUCAAUUCAGCUGUGAAAAUGACGCUUGAAUUACAUGCUAAAGCCGAUAUUAGAAUGAACAAGAGUUUUAAUUCAUUAGUGGUUCAGGCAGGAGGGCAUAAGAAAUUGACAUAUUUAGAGAAAGAUUACAGGAAUCAUAUGGAUAGGGUCAGACGUAUAGAGCUUGGAGAAGGAGAUGCUACAACAAUGCAUAAUUACUUUUUGAAAAUGCAAGCUGACAAUUCUGAAUUCUUUCACAUGAUGGAUUUAGAUGAAAAAGGCCGAUUAAGGAAUGUAUUUUGGGCAGAUGUAAGGAGUAGAGCUGCAUUUAAAGAGUUUGGUGAUGUAGUUACCUAUGACACAACAUACUUAGUUAACAAAUAUGCAAUGCCAUUUGCUCCUUUCGUAGGAGUGAACCAUGAUCAGGUGAAGACACAGAGACCUUUACAUGGCUAUUUCAGUCAUGGCUCACAUGCAUGUCUGGAUGUCCUUCUUCUGCAAUCAUUACGAAUCAAGAUCAAGCAAUGA